AACCGAGUUUUUUUUGUCUGUUCGCCCGGAGAAAUAGAGGAAAAAGCAAAAAGAAGAAAAUCCAAUAGGAAAAUAAAUGCAGCCUUGUUUCGCACAUUGAGGGAAAUAAAGCCAAAGUGGCAAGAUGCGGAAGAUGUGGAUAAAGAAGGACAACAUCUACAAGAAACCAUUCUACAAGCAAAAGCUCCGGCUAACGUUCUGUGGAGUGAUUGUGGUGUCCUUUGUUUACAUUUCCUACCAAAUUUUCUACAUGACUCAACUUCAGCGUGAUAGUAGCGAUAAGAGAAUCAUCAGCCCUAGUCAAGAGUCCCCGAAUAUGGACAGAUGGAUGCCCAGUCGGGAUAUCCAGAGGACAGUCAUCAGGGGCAUUCGUUCGGUAGAUUCGCACUUUUAUCUGCCCAGUGAACGCGGGACAUUCCGAUGCAUCUCCAGUGGUCACGAGAUUUCCUUUGAGAAGGUCAACGAUGACUACUGCGACUGUGUAUCCGACGGGAGUGACGAACCAUCCACAAAUGCCUGCUCCCGGGGCAUUUUCUACUGCGAAACCCCUCAAGUUCACAUCUCCGGGAAGACGUACAAUCACGUCAUACCCAGCAGUAGGAUAAAUGAUGGCAUUUGUGAUUGCUGCGACGGAUCAGAUGAGUGGCUGCCGACACGUCGGAAGCUUCCCUGCCCCACAAGAUGCUCCUAAAUUCUCAAAACUCCUCCAGCUCACUUCCUCUUCACGGUUGAAUGUUCCAGGAGCAGAUAAGUACAAAAGAAAGUAAUAAAAAUGAUCACAAUGAAAA